AUGUUUCAAGUUGGGAUGGGCCCUCCUGUUCGGCCGUCCAGUCACCCGCCCAUUCUGCCGUCCCGUCGUCCUCCCGUUCCGUUCCGUCGUCGUCGCCCUUCCGUGGCCCAUACUGUCGCCCCUCCCGUUCAUCCAUCCCGUCGCCCAUCCCGUAGCGCAUCCUCUCUCCCAUCCCGUCGUUCCCCUCGUCGCCCUCGCCAACGCCCCGAAACUCCCUCCCGUCGCCCUUCCUCUCUCUCCGUCACCCUUGCUCUCUCUCCGUCGCCCUUGCUCUCUCCCCGUCGCCCUUGCUCUCUCUCCGUCGCCCUUGCUCUCUCUCCGUUGCCCUUGCUCUCUCUCCGUCGCCCUUGCUCUCUCUCCGUCGCCCUUUCUCUCUUCCGUCGCCUGUUCUCUCUCCCGUUGCCCUUUCUCUCUCCCGUUGCCCGUUCUCUCUCCCGUUGCCCUUUCUCUCUCCCGUUGCCCGUUCUCUCUCCCGUUGCCCUUGCUCUCUCCCGUUUCCUAUCCUAUCUCCCCUCCUCUCACGUUGCCCUCGAUGCAGUCGUCACCUUUCCUCUCUCCCCUCCCAUCACCCACCUCGGCGCUUUCGCGUUCGCCCCGAAAUGCCUGCAAGUCGCCCUUCGGAGGUUGAGGGCAGACCUAAAGGAAAAGGGAGGAGAGGAGGAGAGGGAGGAGAGGGAGGAGAGGGAGGAGAGGGUGGAGAGGGAGGAGAGGGAGGAGAGGAAGGAGAGGGAGGAGGAGAGGGAGGAGGAGAGGGAGGAGGGGGAGGAGAGGGAGAGAGGGAGGAGAGGGAGGAGAGGAGAGAGGGAGGAGAGGAGAGAGGGAGGAGAGGAGGGAGGGAUAGAGAUAGAGACUCACGGAAUGGGCGUGGCAACAAGGUCGUUGUUGAUGGGCACGGCGGAGGUGAGUGAGAGGCCGGCACAGAAGGGCUGGGUGAAGAUGGUCAUGGUGCUGCACCUCACAUACGUGCCCGGCGCUCGGUACAGAAUGCCCACCGACUUGCUGCUGGCAACCACGGCCGCAGGGAUGGUGACACACUUGUUGGGCUUGAGGCGGAAGACGUACGGCGGACCACUCUGUAAGCCGAAGCUGGUGGUGCUGUAG